AUGGCAGCCUGUGGCAGCUUAGAACACAUUUUUGAGAAGCCAUUGCAGCCUGAAAAUCCAACCCUUCUUGAACCCAUCUCCCCAUGGAACCACAUCAAAUCGAUCGAUUCGUCGUCCUCGUCGCCGUUUUCCGAAUUAUUCGAAAAAUUGCAUUUUAAAGGUACCAAUGCUGAUGGUGAUGCACCUCCUCCUCCAUCAUCAUUGUCAUUGUCAUUGACAUUGUCGUUGUCAUCUUCGAAAAACUCAUCAUCGUCGUCGUCCUCAUCAAUGUCCUCUCCCUUCCCUCAAUCCCGAGACAACCUCAACGACGACGACGACGAGGGGCAGAUCGCGGCAGGACAACAUGGGAGGCUACAAAGUUUCCCCUCCAUGAAUUCUGACAGGCUCUCUCUAUGCACCGAAGGGCUCGGAUUCGAGAGCUUCGACGCUGUCGAGGAUUUAAUCUACAACGGCGACAACGACAACAACAAUGUAUGUAAUGAUAAGAGCAAGGAUAGACAAGAUGAAGAGGAGACAAGAAAUUAUGGUGUAAGAAAUCCUCUUAGAAGAUCAAGAACACAUCAAGAAACAUCAUUCCCACCUCCCAUUUCUUGCAUUGGCAGCCAUGGCAAGCCUUGGGUGUGCUUCAAGCCGUAUCGUCGCGAAGGUCGAUUUAUCCUUAAAGAAGUUAGGAUUCUUACACAAGAAUUCUUACACGCCUGCCGCGACAACGGUCGCCUGAGGCUUCGGUUUGUCUCUAGCAAUGAAUUCGAUGAUGGCGUGGAAGAAGAAGACGGCGACGAUGAUGAAGACGACGACGAGGAGAAAAUUAUCGAGGCAGAGAACGAAGGAAAUGAGAAUAAGCACAUAGAGACAGGAGGAUUUCUUCAAGUAUGA